CACGCUCAAAGCCCGGACAACGCGCCCAUCACAGAUGCAUUUCAUCCAUCCCAUCUUCGCUAUUUAUCUCAACUCAUCAAAAAGACCCCCGUAGGCGGCUCCGCUGUCAUUAACCAGCCUAGUAAGGGGUUCAAUGCUACGUUAUCUGCCUUCUCUUGAAUUUCUUGAGGUGUGCUAGGCGACAAUUGUUUUGGUUUUUUCCCCCUCCUGAAUCCCGACGCGUUGGCACGGUAAAUCAGUCUUGGUUUUCUUUUUUUUUCCCACCAACAACCAACAACAAACCCCGCGUCGGGCGGGUAUCUUGGACGAAUACUUUGCAUAGUUACAUUUUUGCACUUGGACGCGAUUCACAAUGUUCUAUUCUGAGACUCUCCUGUCGAAGACGGGGCCGCUGGCCCGCGUUUGGCUGUCGGCCAACCUCGAGCGCAAACUCUCCAAAUCGCAUAUUCUGCAGUCAGAUAUUGAGAGUAGCGUUCACGCAAUUGUUGAUCAGGGUCAAGCGCCUAUGGCUUUGCGAUUGAGUGGUCAGUUACUGCUGGGUGUGGUCCGAAUAUACAGCCGGAAGGCUCGCUAUCUCUUGGAUGAUUGCAACGAAGCUCUCAUGAAGAUCAAAAUGGCCUUUCGCUUGACUAAUAACAAUGAUUUGACUACUACUGUCGUUGCUCCUGGCGGCAUUACCUUGCCCGAUGUGCUUACGGAAUCUGAUCUGUUCAUGAAUUUGGAUGCCUCGCUGCUUCUGCCUCCGACUCUUAACCUGGAGCCAGGAGGCAAGCAAUUGGGUUCUAAGGAUUUUGGAAGCCAGCUUCUACCUGACAGCAGUUUCCGCCGCUCUGUUUCUCAGGAGCCUGCCCAACUUGAGGAUCACACUUUAGUCGACCUUGACUUGGGAGAAGAUGAAAUGCCAUUGGGGCAUGACUACAGCAUGGAAGUUGGACGAGACGCGCCUGCUCCCCGUCCCGUCGAGGAGGAUCUCUUCAGUGAUGCCGGCAAGUUCAACGAUAUCGACCUACCUCUGGACUUGGGCGAAGACGGUGCUCCCCUGGGUAAGAUGGAUCUGGAUAUGGACAACGAAGGCCCUCUUGACAUCGGGAAUGGACUGCUGGGUCAGGAAGAUACCAUGGACAUCGGCGGUGAUGGCGACGCACUCGCCCCUAAUGAACCCGAGGAUGCUGAAGAGAGUCGAUUCGAGCGCGAAAGUGAAAGCCCCCCUCUUACAGAGGUUGGGUCAGAGGACUUGGGUGAACUCGAGGAAGUUGUGAAGGAUGGCGAGGAAACUGUGGUUCGACAUGCCCAUCGGGUCAAGCGCCGGAAACUUAUAGGACUUGACGAAGUCAUCACGAUGAACAGCCAUCAGAUCAAAGAGCAGCAAGCGAACCGGUCCAAUAUCCUGAAGCCUACUUCCUUUCUACCUCGAGACCCCGUUCUACUCACUCUGAUGGAUAUGCAAAAGAACGGCGAUUUCGUGACCAGUGUGCUGGGAGACGGUCGCGGACGUGGAUGGGCACCGGAGCUUCGUGAUUUACUGUCAUUUGACGCAGUCAAAAGAUCUGGUGAGUUGAAGAGGAAGCGCGACAGCGGAAUUGCCGACGUGGAUGUGGAAGCUGUGAAUGUUCCUGCGCUCGAAUUGGAUGAGGAGGACGGAGUGGUACCGGUGGACGAGGGCAUCGAUGUCGACACGACGCUGAACCGAUCGGAAGUCGAGCUGCCCGGUGACCAGGAGGACCAGGCCUUGCACGCCAGCGAUUACGAGGGCAUGAACCAGACGUUCGAGGAUUUUGAUGACACCGUUGUUCAAGCGGCAGAUAGCGGCCCCGUCUCUGCUGGCACCAAGCAUGCAGUUCACAUCCUACGGGACCGACUCGGCAGCUCGGCAGCGGAACAGAAAAAGGCCGGCGUGCUUUUCCAGGAAAUUUUGCCGGAGAAGAAAUCCAGCCGGGCGGACGCCACUAAGAUGUUCUUCGAAGUCCUGGCGUUGGCAACUAAGGAUGCUGUGAAGGUUGAGCAACAGACGGACAAGAUUGGUGGACAACUGCGCAUCCGAGGCAAGGCAGCGCUAUGGGGAUCGUGGGCUGAGGAAGAGACGGAGAGUGAGGCUGUUCAGAGCGCGGCCUAGUUUUUGCCUCCGUCAGUGUAUAAGUACCAGGUAUUGAUUGCUCUUCUCAUUUUUUACGGUUUCUUUUAUUGGCUUUGACUGGGAUCCGGUUGGUUUUUGAGGGUUCUGCUUUCAUGGGAAUAUGGUUUUCUAUGGGAGCCGGAGUUGGAUUCUAUUGAGCUCAGGAGCUGGAUCGUUGCUUCAGGUUAGAUAGGUAGUAAUCAAUCAGUCAUGACUUCAGCA